CAUUAGUAGUAAUACUUCAGGCCACAAGAUGGCAGCAUACAUCCUAUGAAGGGAAAAAAUGUUGCCUUGGAAAAUGAGAGGCGGGUCCAAAAAUAGGAGGAGAGUGUGGCUGCGGAGUGAAGGAAUGGGAAGAAAGAUGAGAUGAAAGCCGAAAAAAUGGAGUGUUUGAGUUCGUCAUGCUGUCACAUGUGAAGCAAAAUGUAUCCAUUCAGUGUCCAGAAAACAGAUAUAUGAGGUUUUCCAGUCAUCCUACAGACACAUGUGGAAGCUGCUGCUGCUCUCACUGCACGAAGAAGCCGGAUAGAUCCACCUGGAGCCAGACUGCAGCAACCUUAACCAGCACUGAGCUGUCCACCUUCGCCCAUCUUUCUACAAUCCCGUCUCUCCACUAGGUGAAGAUGUAGUCUGUUUGAUCUCUAUGGAGAUGUCUCCAAACACUGUCUUCUUUGUCUUGUUGCCAUGGUCACUGUGGUUGCUGUUCUUCCUGACCCCCAUCACCCAGACAACAAGCUCUGCCCCCUCAUCUGAAACUUCUCUGCCAGCCAAUACCACGCUGUUGUUCGAUAGUGGCACUCCAGGCUACAACCUGCGGAACUGCAGCUGCUCCACAGCCGUCCGGGACUGUGACGAGGCUCUGGCCAACUCGCUGUGUCAAUGCCACACCGUUUUACGCUCCACUCUGCCCCCUGCUGGGCUCAGAGAGCCUGGAACACUCAACGUGUGGGUGAAGGAGCUCUGGGUCCUGGAGGAGCUGCUGAACAGCAGCAUGGUUGGCCAUUUGCGGUUGUCUUUUUGUGGAAUAAAAUCAAUGGACAGCCAGUACCUGGCUUUGCUGGGUCUGCGGACCCUCAGGAUCCACAGUGCAGCACCACAAACACCCUACCCCAACCAGGAAAUGACAAUCUCCCCAUCAACAGGUGUUGCAGUGAAGCCAGAGACCCUCUCCUUUGACUUCUCCUCCUCCCUCCACGUGACCUUUCUGGAUGUAGCAGUUCUAAACGGGCUCUCUGCCCUGAAGGCGUACAGUGUGGUGGGACCACCUGCUCACACCCUCUCCCAGCACUUUCCCCACCUGGCCUUGCCCCUUGCUCUUCCAUUCUCUGCUACUCCUGGAGACCCCAUGGAUCCUAGAAAGCAGCCUCUGCAGAACCUGCUUUUUACUUUUGUCUACUAACGACAACAAGCUCUCUUUCUCGGGCGUGCACAAAUACAAAUAAAGCGCAGGAAUUACAA